GUAACAUCUCGCGAGGUUUACUACGCCAUGUUUGAGCGUGAGAGUGUUGAGUUCGAGGGGUUACUAGCUACCAGAUAAUUCAAUUUUCUGGCAAUCUUUGAUCACGAUCCUGCAGCCUGCACAGACUUGAUAGCCAUGCUGGCAUCGUCUUGUUCAGGAGCUUUGACUAGAAAACAAGGAUAAAGGAGUGUCAUACAUGACCCAGUGGGAAUGUAUUCAUUAAAGAACCUUGUCAGUGAAAAAAACAUUACCAGCCAUACAAGUUGACAGCACUUAAGACACCUUGGUUAAACUCAUGGUAACAAUGCUCAGUGGCAUUCUAAAAUCGAUGGAAUAGAGGCCCUGUUGACAUGUACUAAGCAGAUCUGCAAAUAGUAUAGGUGCUAAAUCUUUGUGUACUCAGAGAUAUAAGAUGAAUUCCAGAUCAAAUAACUCGACCCCCACCCCUAUACCGGACGUGUCAUUCGUUGGUGCUACGCCUUCGUCACAACAGAUGAUGGCGGCUCCCCUAGGAGGUCAGGGCAACCCUCAGCCGGACAAAGGUCGCAGCGAAACCCCGCGCAUGCACAUGCAGUACCCACCUCAUGCACCUGAGAAUGACUGGGAGGCACGAGAGGAGAUGCGUCUCCGCGAGCUUGAGGAAGCACGGGCGCGUGCUGCUCAGAUGGAGAAGACCAUGCGCUGGUGGUCCGAUUGCACAGCGAACUGGAGAGAAAAGUGGAGUAAGGUUAGAAAUGAGAGAAACAAGGCAAGAGAGGAGAACAGGCAGCUACGGUCGAAAUUAGAAGCUACGGUGAAAGAGUUCACUAAAAUAAAAAGAGAAAAAGAAGAACUACUUGGCGAUAACGAACAGUUAAGAAAACAGCUGGCUUUAUACACACACGCGGAUAAAGACCGUAGUAGUGUGGCCAGCGCCAGUAGCAGUGGGGGUGGCAGCAGUAAGUCCACUAAGUCCCACCCAGAGAGAGACACGCCUACCAAGGUCACAGACUCUGUCCCAGAACAGGAUAAAAUCACCUCCGAUAACAUGGACCUCUUAGACAGACUUCUACCAAAGAAAACUGACUCCAGUAGUGGAGGGAGUAGUAGCAGUGGAGGUGGUGGUGGAGGGAAGAUAGGGCACUCAGAGAAACACCAGCAUACUGGUGCUGGUAGUAAUAGGAAAUACACCGAAGAGAUUCCGUCACAAGAUGCCAGCUGGGCAGACCAGAGGGUCCUGAUGGUGCAACUCAAGCUGGACGAGGCACAGAAGACUGUGCUUGCGGAGAGGAAUGAAAAAGAGCAGAUGGUGAAAACUAUCAACAAGUUGUCCACAGACCUGACUUCAAUGAAGACCAAGUAUGAUGAGCUAAAGAAAUCAAAACAUGAAGCCCUAAAACAGUUAAAUGAAGUCAAAGAGAUCCACCAAGAUGAGCUGAGCAGGGUUAACAUGGAGCUGGAGGAUGAAUCUGUGUCUCGGACCACUAUGGACAGGAGACUGGCGGACCUGAGAGCAGAGCUGGAAAGGUUGCAAGCAGAGAAUGCAGCUGAGUGGGGGAAGCGGGAAAGACUAGACACAGAGAAAUUGGCCCUGGAAAGAGAAAAUAAGAAACUAAAAGUACAGAUAACAGACCUGGAGGAAGAGUUGGAGAGGAAAAGCCAGCAAGCCUCAGCUGUCCUGGAUAGUGAUAUGAAAGUACUACAGAAAGAUGUCUAUGAGAAAACCAAGGAACUGGGAGACUUAAAACAUGCCCAUGCCAAGCUGAAGAAACUCUUACAGGAGAAAAAUGUGGAUUUGGACCACGCCAAGAGAAGGGCAGAGCAGUAUGAGUUGGAGGUGAAGAAGUUACGGGGGCGUGUAGAGGAACUGAAGAAAGAUCUGGCUAAUGCUGAAGAUGAGGUGGACUCUCAGAGUAACCUGGCCAGAAAGCUACAAAGGAACUGUGAUGAGCUGCAGGAGCAGACAGAGAACCUCCAGGUCCAGGUGGAACAUCUGCAGACCAGACUUCGUAAUGCUGCUAACCCAAUCUUUCCUGCCAGGAAGUCCAAGUCAUUUGACCCAGACGAGUCAGCGGAGGGCAUUGACAGUGACGAGGUGGAAGAUUAAGUACCAAGAGAGUACAAAUAUUAACUGGCAAACAAGCAAACUGAUGCAUUUACUCAUUUAGAAUUUUUUAAGUUGAAGUAUUAGAAAGGGUAGUGAAUAGAACACAUGUAACUGUUGAAUCCAAAAGAAACUGGUCAUGCUAGCAUUCAGUUUGGAAAAGGCACAAGUUAAGUACGAGUGGAUCAUGAUUUAAAAAUGAGGUGUGCUCAUUCGUCCAAGAUUUUGAGAGAGGUUUUCUAAUCAUCAUAAUUGCUUUAAUAAGAAGCAAAUCUUAGGUGUAUUUGUAUGAUGCAAAAAGGCUGUCAAUUCCAACAGUCCAAGCUAUUAAGUGGUUAAAACUGAAGUAAAAUAUAAAAUGUGCUCAUAAGAGAAAAUGCUGGUUUAUGUUUAAUGUACAGCUGCACCGUUUUGUUCUUGUGCAAGUGCUUCAUCUGAAAAUGUUUGCAUUUUGAUAUUGUUUCUGCUGAAGUGUACUGAAAAAGUGGAUUUGUUGUUGUACUUUUUGUUUUCAGUUGAGUGGCUUGCUGAUAUAUUUGCAGGUUUCUCAAAGAAAAUGCAGGUUUAUUGAAAUUUUACUAGAUCAAAAUACAACCACUUAAUUAUAGAAUGCCAAGCAUUUACCUACUCUUGCAAAGCAAUGAAGAAGUAUUAGUUUUCAAAGUUUUAAAUUUUAUAAGUAUAUCCUAUUAUAUUUGAACUAUUUAUAGUUAAGGGAAAUGGAUAGUAAUUAAGCCCAGUCUGAGUCUUUCAGUCUGAGAAGCCUGGGUCUCAGAUCUCAAAUCUAGUCUAAAUUAGCUGCUAGGUCAUAUUUUUAUACAUUGUACUGGGAUAUAUAGCUAGUAAGGCAAAAUUUUCAGAAAGUUUUCUGAAAAAGCUGAUGCUUCAAUGUUCAGUCAUGUCUGGCUUGAGAUUGAUAUCAGGACCCGACUUUGAAAAAAAAAUGUACUAGUAAAAUUGUAUUAUUAUAAUAAUACUCAGUGUGUGUGUAGAAAGUUUGUGUACAAUGUUACUAGAACUAUUCCAAUCAUGUAAAGAAGAUGUUGCUUGACGGCUGCUAAAACCCCCUUUACAAUGGACAGCAGCCUUUGUGCGACCAUGAAAAUGGCGUCGCUGUGGUCGUAGACUGGAGGCACAAGCAUUGCUUGCAGAACGAAUGCUCAAUGAUUAGUCAGUUGUUGGCACGUAAUUUCAUUUUUACUCUCAAACAGGGCUGUACCACAGGACGCAGAAAGGACGCCAUCCAGUGUAAAGGGGGUUUAAGUGAUUGUUAUUUGAUACAUAUCAGUCAAGAGUGCAGCUUGCAUUACGAUUCGUGAUUUUUAUCACAAAUGCCAUAUUUAUAUUGUGAAUGUCAUCAUUUCAGAUCGGUGAGAAUACAGGGUGGUUGUAUAUCUCACGUAGUGUCUGUAUACCCACUCAUUCAGUAUGUAUCCCUACAGUAUACUAUAUAGACUAUGUUCCAUUGUAGAACUUAAACUUCUUCAGGGAUUUAAAAUUAGUCGGUUCAAAAUUGUUUGCCCUUGAAACUUUGUGUUUGUAGUAAAUAUGGGAAGAUUUUCAAGGUUAAAAAAAGUUGAAUCUGUAUAGAGUAGACAGAAUAAUCAUGUUUUAAAAAAUAAGUUUUUAGAAGAUAUUAUUAAAUUUUAUCCUCAUCAGAAGUCAUUAGAGUAAUUAAUUUUUUUAUGUUUUGUAGGAUAAUUUGAAAAUGGGGUUUGUAACCAGAAUUUACUGACAAACCCUGUCAUAUUUUAUCAUUGAGAAUUUGUGGAUAAAAAAAUUUGUGGAACUAAAACAAAGAGAUAACUACAGGAUGUACUUCAGUCUUCCAAAAACUGGUCCAAACAAGGGAACAGAAUAUGUACCCACAGUUUUGUGAACUUAUUUUAUUUAUUUAUUUUUUUUUCUGAACAUGAAAGCAACUUUUUUUCCUGAAAUGACUUGGCCUGCUUAUUGUUGAAAUAAGACGCUGAACAUCAUUCUUGUAAUGACAAACAUACAAUAGUUGUGAGUAAAUGUUUUAGUAAAACCUA